GACAGAUUACCUUCUGAUCACUCGCCCACCACGCACAUUUGUGAAUUUAUUGAAUUGCGACUUGCGUUGUGAUGGUGAUAUUCGUGUUAUUUCCCUAUUAUUCGUGAGUGGAGCAAUCAAACAGAAUUGCUAUUACCUCAAAUCCACACGCCAAUACUCCACUUGUUUCUAAGACUGACUACAACAACAACAUUACGAAAGUGUUCUAAGAUCUGUAACAGAAGUUUUUCUCCAAGUUUAUUUAUCGAAGAAAGAAAAAGAAUAAUGGCAGAACAAAGUACUGAUAACGCUACCAGCGAAGUGGAGAAUAAUUAUUCCACUCCAGCAAAUGAUCCUAAAAACAUGCAGGAAGUGACUCAAUACGUACAAUCACUUCUUCAAAACAUGCAGGAUAAGUUCCAAAGCAUGUCAGAUCAGAUAAUAAACAGAAUAGAUGAAAUGGGGACAAGAGUGGAUGAACUGGAGAAAAAUAUCACAGACCUCAUGACCCAGGCCGGGGUGGAGAAUGAAAAGUAAUGAAAGCUUCCUUGUUCAACCAAAGGGUUGAAAUAAUCAUCUUUUGUUAAU